AAAUAUAUAUAUAUAAGAGUGUAAAAUACACAAAACAAGGCCAACCAGGAAGAGCCACAUAGAGGUUGAAAGAAGCAGCAGCUUCUUCUGUGACUGAGAGUCUUUUAGUUGGCUUUGUCUCUCUCUGUCUUCAAUGGCUUCUUUUGGGGCAGUCAAGAAAAACCUCUCUCUCUACUUGCUUUUGCUGCUUUACACUCUCUCUUCUUCUCAAGGGAACAAUGCAGCCGGUGAGCCAUAUUCCUAUCCAUCUCAUUACCCGUUCAUCAAGAAGGCCAGCUCAUUCUCAUCAUCAUCAUCAUCAUACUCAUCAAGUGGCGGAGACAGUGCCUAUGACUAUAUAGUAGUAGGAGGUGGUACAGCUGGGUGCCCUUUGGCUGCUACAUUGUCCCAGAAUUUUAGUGUUUUAUUGCUUGAAAGAGGGGGUGUGCCUUUCACCAAUUCAAAUGUCUCAUUCUUAAACAACUUCCAUAUUACUUUGGCUGAUACUUCUGCAACUUCUGCCUCUCAAUACUUCAUUUCCACUGAUGGAGUCCUCAAUGCUAGGGCUAGGGUUUUGGGUGGUGGUACUAGCAUUAAUGCUGGCUUCUACACUAGAGCAAGCACAAGGUUUAUAAAGAAAGUAGGAUGGGAUGAGAAGUUGGUGAAUGAGUCAUACCCUUGGGUUGAGAAACAAAUUGUUCACAAGCCUAAGGUUGCUCCAUGGCAGGUUACGUUUCGGGACAGUCUACUGGAUGUUGGGGUGUCACCUUAUAAUGGAUUCACUUAUGAUCAUAUCUAUGGAACUAAGUUCGGUGGCACCAUCUUUGACCGGUUCGGCCGCCGACACACCGCCGCAGAACUGCUUGCUUCUGGGAACCCUCGGUUGCUCACUGUCUUGGUACAUGCCACAGUCCAAAGAGUUCUAUUUGAUACAUCAAGGAAGCAUCCAAAGGCAGUAGGUGUCGUCUUCAAAGAUGAAAAUGGUAACCAACAUCAAGCAUUUCUUGCAAAUAAUCCAAGGAGUGAAAUUAUAUUGUCAAGUGGCGCCAUUGGGACACCUCAAAUGCUGCUGCUGAGUGGCAUUGGCCCAAAAGAUGAACUUAAAAAGAUGGGAAUUCCAGUAGUGCUUGACAAUGAAUUUGUUGGGAAAGGCAUGGCUGAUAAUCCCAUGAACACUAUUUUCGUGCCGUCUAAAAAACCUGUUAGGCAGUCACUAAUACAAACUGUGGGGAUUACCAAGUUCGGUGUGUAUAUUGAAUCUAGCAGUGGAUUUGGACAGUCCAAAGAUAGCAUUCAUUGUCACCAUGGAAUGAUGUCUGCAGAGAUAGGUCAACUGUCUACCAUUCCUCCAAAGAAAAGGACCCUGGAAGCAAUUCAAGCCUACAUUAAAAGAAAGAAGGACCUACCACAUGAGGCAUUCAAGGGAGGCUUCAUUCUUGAAAAGCUUGCCAGCCCAAUUUCAACUGGACAGCUAAGCUUGAUCAACACAAAUGUUGAUGACAACCCUUCUGUCACUUUCAACUACUUCAAACAUCCGGAAGAUCUCCGAAGCUGCGUUAAUGGGGUUCGAAUGGCCACAAAGAUUGUACAAUCAGAACACUUCACAAACUUCACACAAUGUGAUAAGCAGACUAUGGAGAAGAUCCUCAACAUUAGUGUUGUUGCUAAUGUUAACCUUAUACCUAAGCAUCCUAAUGACACCAAGUCCAUAGAGCAGUUUUGCCAAGACACUGUGAUCUCAAUUUGGCACUAUCAUGGUGGGUGUCAUGUUGGCAAGGUUGUGAGUCCUGACCACAAGGUUCUUGGUGUUGAUCGGCUUCGGAUCGUCGAUGGAUCGACCUUUGAUGAAUCCCCUGGCACUAAUCCUCAAGCCACUGUCUUGAUGAUGGGCAGGUAUAUGGGACUGAAGAUUUUGAGAGAUAGACUAGGAAAGGAAGCUGGUGCUUGAGGACCAAACACAAACAACCAGAAGAUUGAGAAUGUUAGUCAAGUAGUGGAAAAUGUAAUCUAGCAAAAUAUGUAUUCUUAGCUAUCAGCUUUGAUAUGUAGAAAAUGUCUUGUUUUAGGAAAUUAAUAUUUAAGCUUUUAAUAUUUUCAGCUUAA